GCCCCGCCCUCCCCGUCACCCGUAACAACCACUCGAGCCUCCCUGGGCCCCUCCCGCUCCCGCCCCCCCCCGGCCCACUCCCCGGAACCGGCGGCAGAGCUGCGGCCGCCGGCAGUGGAGCGGCGACGGAACCGCGGAGCCGCCGGCAUGAGCGCCAUCCGCCGCCCCGCGUCCCCGGCUCGGUCUUUCUGACAAGAGGUGUGAGAGGAUUGCUGUUUUAUUGCAAUCAUGGUGCAAAAGUACCAGUCACCGGUGAGGGUGUAUAAACACCCCUUUGAACUAAUUAUGGCUGCCUAUGAGAGGAGGUUCCCCACGUGUCCCUUGAUCCCCAUGUUUGUGGACAGCGACACUGUGAAUGAAUUCAGGAGCGAAGACGGGGCCAUUCACGUCAUAGAAAGGCGCUGCAAGCUGGAUAUAGAUGCGCCCAGACUCCUGAAGAAGAUCGCAGGAGUUGAUUAUGUUUAUUUUGUCCAGAAAAACUCACUGAAUUCUCGGGAACGCACUUUGCACAUUGAGGCCCAUAAUGAGACGUUUUCCAACCGGGUCAUCAUCAACGAGCACUGCUGCUACAGCGUCCACCCCGAAAAUGAAGACUGGACCUGUUUUGAACAGUCUGCAAGUUUAGAUAUUAAAUCUUUCUUUGGUUUUGAAAGUACAGUGGAAAAAAUUGCAAUGAAACAAUAUACCAGCAACAUUAAAAAAGGGAAGGAGAUCAUCGAGUACUACCUGCGGCAGCUGGAGGAGGAGGGCAUCACCUUCGUGCCACGCUGGACUCCGCCGGCCCUGGCGCCCUCCUCGGACGCCGCCGCCUCGUCCUGCAAGAAGCAGGCGGCCUCGUCGGCUGGUGUGGACGCAGAGCCCGCGCUCAAGGACGGGCUGAGCGGCGAGCCCCUCAGCAACCCCAGCGGGGCCCCCGAGCCCGUGGCGGGGCCCCCCGACGACAAACUGGACGCUGACUACAUCAAGAGGUACCUGGGUGACCUGACGCCGCUCCAGGAGAGCUGCCUGAUCCGGCUUCGCCAGUGGCUCCGAACCCACAAGGGCAAGAUCCCCAAAGACGAGCACAUUCUUCGGUUCCUCCGCGCCCGCGACUUCAACAUCGAUAAAGCCAGAGAGGUCCUGUGCCAGUCGCUGACCUGGCGCAAGCAGCACCAGGUGGAUUACAUCCUCGACUCCUGGCACGCGCCCCAGGUGCUGCAGGACUACUACGCGGGAGGCUGGCACCACCACGACAAAGACGGGCGGCCGCUCUACGUGCUCAGGCUGGGCCAGAUGGACACCAAGGGCUUGGUGCGUGCGCUCGGGGAGGAGGCCCUGCUGCGAUACGUUCUGUCCGUGAACGAAGAGGGGCUCAGGCGAUGCGAGGACAACACCAAGGUCUUCGGCCGGCCGAUCAGCUCCUGGACCUGCCUGGUGGACCUGGAGGGGCUGAACAUGCGGCACCUGUGGCGGCCGGGCGUGAAGGCGCUGCUGCGCAUCAUCGAGGUGGUGGAGGCCAACUACCCCGAGACGCUGGGCCGCCUGCUGAUCCUGCGCGCCCCCAGGGUGUUCCCCGUGCUCUGGACGCUGGUUAGCCCAUUCAUCGAUGACAACACCCGGAGGAAAUUCCUCAUUUAUGCGGGAAAUGACUACCAGGGGCCCGGAGGCCUGCUGGAUUACAUCGACAAGGAGAUCAUCCCCGACUUCCUGAGCGGGGAGUGCAUGUGUGAAGUGCCCGAGGGGGGCCUGGUGCCCAAGUCUCUGUACAGGACGGCGGAGGAGCUGGAGAACGAAGACCUCAAGCUCUGGACCGAGACCAUCUACCAGUCGGCCAGCGUUUUCAAAGGGGCCCCGCACGAGAUUCUCAUUCAGAUUGUGGACGCCUCUUCUGUGAUCACCUGGGAUUUUGACGUGUGCAAAGGGGACAUUGUCUUCAACAUCUAUCACUCCAAGAGGGCGCCACAGCCGCAGAAGGACGUGCUGGGCGCGCACAGCGUGACCUCCCCGGGCGGGAACAACGUGCAGCUCAUCGACCGCGCGUGGCAGCUGGGCCGGGACUACAGCAUGGUGGAGUCGUCGCUGACCUGCCGGGAAGGGGAGAGCGUGCAGGGCUCCCAUGUGACGCGGUGGCCGGGCUUCUACAUCCUGCAGUGGAAGUUCCACAGCAUGCCCGCAUGUGCCGCCACCAGCCUGCCCCGCGUGGACGACGUGCUGGCCUCCCUGCAGGUCUCCUCUCACAAGUGCAAGGUCAUGUACUACACCGAGGUGAUCGUCGAGGACUUCAGAGGCUCCAUGACCAGCCUGGAGUCCAGCCACAGCGGGUUCUCCCAGCUCAGUGCUGCCACCACCUCGUCCAGCCAGUCCCACUCCAGCUCCAUGAUCUCCAGAUGGCGAUUUUGCUGACAGCUGCCAAGAAAACGCUCCACCCCGACAGCCCACCUCAGCCCAGGGAAGUUUGUAGAACUAUGUGAAUGGCAGCCACCCCUCCCCCAAUCUGAAGAGCGGUUCUUUUUAAGUUGACCCAGAAGUGGCUCUGUUUUGUCCCCAAAGAGUUGAAUCCGCCUCUAAGAGUUCAAAGCACACCCCGCAGAGCUGCUCACGGGGCUCACUCUCCGGUCACAUGCACCCCGUCCUCCUGGGCGGGCCGGGGCAGAGGGACCUCCGCUCGCACUGGACCGGGUCCCCUCCGUGCCCUGCACUCUUUCGAAAUGCUGCUGGACGUCCCCUUCGCCAGCACUAAUGAUUCUCUCGGUUCCCCGUCUAUGACCAGUGUCUUAAAUCACUUUCUUUCCUAACGUCAUGAUUUACGUAUCAAAUUCUGUAAAUGUUUUGUAAACAUAUUACCUCACUCUUGGUAAUACAAUACUGAUAGUCUUUAAAAGAUUUUUUAUUGUUAUCAAUAAUAAAUGUGAACUGUUUAAAAAACA